ACUUCCACUUUAUUAUCAGACUUGCACAGCGAUCGCAGCUCUGAGUAUGUGCUAGCAAUCCCAGUGGCGGGUGUGGAUCCCACGACUAACUGCCAGCACAUGAGAGAAAAAGAACUAUUCCAUUGUCUCCGCUGUGUAGGACAAAAGACAGAUGAAGUAAUUUGACUUGACUUUCUAACUUUUCGUUCAUUAGCAACAAAAAAAAAGAAAAUGAGCGUCUUUUUCCAGCUACAAUUUCUGCUCGUGUUGGCUCUAUUUGCUGCCUGCCAGCUCCAGAAAGUUGAGUCACGUGACUUGGGAAAGUUUGAGGAUCUUAGUUCUCAUUGAACCUCAUUGAAGCCUUGACGUGGACUAAGGAAUAAGAGCACAAAAGAUGCAGUACUACAUUUUAGUUCCAGUGUCCAAUCCUGUGAUUUCUGCAAAAAUUGACCAUAAGGACAAAGAAAUAGUGGUCACAACUAUUUGCUGUUUGUCAACUGAAGGAACCUUACCAAUAAAUUACACAUUAUAUAGAAACCAAGUUAUGGUGAAAAACCUUCAGGCAGUGGUUCGGAGAAAGGCAGAGUUCGUUGUGCAACUGACUGACAGUGAGUUACAGGAAACCCUCAAAUGCAAAGCUGAGAAUGGAUUUGAACCAAAGUACAGCAGAGGGCUGGUUAUAGAUUGGUCUGUUAAAUUAACCUCCGAUCCAAAUCCACCUAUUCCGGGCCAACAGCUUACACUCAACUGCACUGUAAAUUACGAAACUAAAGGAAGCUACAGUUGGUAUUUUGUGUAUCCGUCCAAGAAUAAGACCAAAGUCACAGAGCAGAACCACAUAAUUAUUGAAGCUGCAACAUCAGGGAUAUAUUACUGCUUGAUGCACGAUCAGAUUAGCAACAAGAUUGAAGUACCAGUACAAGAUUUCAGUUUCCAGCCGGCGGUGAUGGGUGUCUGUAUAGCAGCCAUUCUGGUGGUCAUUCUGAUUGUGGGGUUGAUUUGUUAUUACAGUGUGACUAAAGCCCACAGAUUCAAUGCUACAUAAGUUAUGUGAUGUGUAUCCAUCCGCCAACAAAAUUCGGCUUUGUUAUCUUCAAUUACAGAACAGUUUCAUCCAGGAAAUUCUACACAACCAUCAUAACAAUGCUUCAUUGUUAUUGACAAACAAUACAGGUUAAUUUAGAGUAGUGCACUGGCCUCUGAUAAAUCUCUCUUUCGUCACUGAUGGGUCAGUCUGCUACUUUGUAUCCUACUUGGAGCCUGAUUGAAAUGGAAGUGAAAUCCAGUCCAAGUAUCAAUCAUGACUGGAGAGUGACUCACAGAAUACAAUACAAUGGGAGCGAAUCCUGCAGGACUGAAGACUGACAAACUGGACAAGUUUGAUUAACUUUUCAGAUGAGUAAGGCUGCAGUUUCAGAUUUUGAAUUGAUGCAGAUAUUAAAGGAGAAAUUAAGAUCUGAUCGCCAUUUGUUUCCUGCUGUUUCUGUGCAAAGUUACCAGCUGUAAAGAGAUAUCAAGGUAUCGCACUCCACUUGCAAUUAUAGAUAUAAAUCAUGCUAAAUGAAGGAGAUUAUUUAAAGAAAUCAAUCCAUUGUCCCCAGCACUCCAAAUCAACAGGGUUGGCAGGGUAGUGUAGUGGUUGGCACCACUCUUUACACAGUACAGGUAACCCAUGUUCAAUUCCUGCCGCUGCCUGUAAGGAGUUUGUACGUUCACCCUGUGACCGCGUGGGUUUCCUCCCACAGUUCAAAGACGUACUGGUUAGCAGGUUAAUUGAUCAUUGUAAAUUGUCCCAUAAUUAGGGUAGGUUUUAAUUGGGGGACUGCAGGGCAGCACGGCUCAAAGGGCCAGAAAGGCCAUUUCCGUGCUGUAUCUCAAUAAAUAAAUAAAUUUGCAAAGUGACUAGGACCAGUUUAAACCUAUUUCUUAAAUUUUGUGGAUGAUGCAAGGACUUCCACUGUGAUGCAGGCCAAACAAAAACUUUCACUUCAAUACACCAAUUAAUGUUUCCCGAGUAUUAUUUUGGGAGGUAUGAUGACCUGAAAGACCUCUCAUUGUAUUUUAUCAUUUUAUGGUUAAGAAAUAGACAUCCAUUUUCUUUGGCCCAGAAAAGUAAAGCUCGUUGAAGCAAUAUAAAUAUUGGCAGAGCCAUUCUGUUUAUUAAAGAGCUCUAGUAACCCUGAACACUCAUAAGGAUGAAGAUUGGAGUUAAUUCUGGUUUUACAUUUAUAUUUUAGGUUAGCUCCAGAUCAUUAUUCAGAGUUCAAUAGCAAGAUGAUGGUACCCAGCAAAAUGAAGCAGAUUACUACUCAUACGUUCCACAGUUUUAUUUAUAGUUAUGUAAACCUGUUGUCAUGUUCAUUUUCAUAAGCUUUGCCAUAUGUUUUCAGGGUUACCAUAAGAUACAGGAGCAGAAAAAGGCCAUUUGGCCCACUGAGUCUGCCCUGCCAUUACAUCAUGGCUCAUCCAAUUUUCCUCUCAGCCCUAAUCUCCUGCCUUCUCCCCGUAUCCCUUCAUGUCCUGACCAAUCAAGAAUCUAUCAACCUCUGCCUUAAAUAUACAUAAAGACUAAACUGCCACAGCUGCCUAUGGCAAAGGAUUCCUCAGAAUUCCAAAGUAUUACUUGGGUGAAUUACACAGACUCUCAUCACAACCUUGCUUUUUUUCUUAUUACUAGACAGUCGGCGGGGGGGGGGGGUGCAAAAGGUGCAUACCUUCUAGGAAAAACACCCUUUACACUGAUCAACUCAUGCUAAUGGUACCCCCCUCAUGUAUGCACAUAUUAGAUUUCAAGGGAUUAGGUAUUUGCCAUUAAACUCUAGUUUAACAAACGAAUGUUUUGUUACAAAAGUUGUAUAUAUUUUUUAAACUAUAGAGGAAAAAUCUCAACUUUGUCUCCAGCCACAAAUGGCAGGAGCUUAGCUCAGUCGUUAUGAUAGUCCAGAUUUAUUUAUCUUUGCAUGACAUUCAUAUAAAUGUUUAAGUAGAAAAUCCCUCUGAAGCUUUCCAGACUGGUCAUUCACAAAUGUACAGUUUUAUAUCAGUAUUAUACCAAUGGUAUUAGACUCCAUACAAUUCAUUUACUAUUCUCUUUCUGUCUUUGUGACACUAUUUGCAACGGCCCACCUAUUACCCUUGAGAAGGAUGUGUCGUCAAGAUAGAGUGAGGCAUGUAGAACUGCCUGGGAUGUUACCAUAGUGAUCACCUUUCAUUUAAGGUAGCAUCAAAAUGGAAUUUUGCCAUCACCUUUGCAAUAAAUAUGUAUGUGAAGAGUUGCAAAUGUAUUUUACUGAUGCUAAUAUCAGAAAUUGGCAGGAAUACAGAUGUUAAAGAACUGAUAUAUACAUAUUCUGCACACCAUUGUUCCUUUAAUAGGAUAUUUCAUUUCAGCUACUCUUUUAUAUUGAACCAUUAAUGUUGUAUCUCCAAAUGUAGACAUUCUGUGCAUAUGAAAGAUUUAUUUUAGUCAAAUAUGUAUUGGAUUAAAGGUAUUUCAUAAAUACAGUAGACUGUGCAGUUGCUCUAGUUUCCAUAUUGACUCUUGUAACUUAAGCACCUAUUUGCUACAAAUUGAGUUGCAGUCCCAUUAUAACAGCAAGACCAAAGAAUCUGAUUCAACAGCUGUCUUAUCAAUGGUUUACAGCUGUACUGAUAUAUAAAGUAAGUCCAGUAGUUUUGCAGACGCAUGUAAAAAAUCUUCACUGAGAUCUGCUGAAAUUGACUUUAUGCAGAAUGUUGUCAUUUAAUAUAGUGAUUGUUUGUUUCCAUUUUACUGUUAGUUAAUAUCUUUUGCUGCUUUACCCAUUCAGAGAACAGAUUCCAGAUUUCAUGACAGAAUAUUUUGGGUGAGAAAUUCUGUUCGUUACCUACAGGCUAGACACUAUCAAUGGAAAAGAGUAAAGACUCAAUGUUUCUACCCUUCAUCAGGACAGGAUGAAGGGUCUUGACCGGAAAUGUCAGAUGUUUAAUCUUUUCCAUAUGCGUUACCUGGCUUGCUGAGUUCCUUCAACAUUUUGUGUGUAUUACUUUGAUUUCCAGCAUCUUCAGAUUUUCUUUUUUUUUUCUGUUCAUUACCUCUUGCCGUUAGCAUUUGGCACCUAAGAUCUCGAACCACUGACAAAUUUUUACAGUCCAUACACUGGUGGGCACAGUAGUGGCAACGGUGCUGUUAACAAUUCAUAUUUCUGCUGCUGAACCCACCAUUGGCUGAAUUGAACACAUAACUCAACCUAGGGAAACAGCCAGCCACUGAACAAGUUCCAUGAAGGAGGAAAGAAUGCAGGAACAGGAUGAAAUGAUACUGCUCAGCAAAGCUGUUCUGCUCUCCACUUAAGGUUAAAAUAUUAACUCCAAUAAUUUGUCUUUAAUCUUUAAAAUGUAACAAUCACAGUUUUGGAACUUUCUGUUGACCUUGCCUCAACAAAGAGUUUCGGGGACAGAAUUCCAACUUUGCCUCUGUCACUUGUGGAAAGAAUUGCUUUUGGAUGUUAUAUUGGAGUGAAUUACUUACCAGAGAAGUUUCUCAACAAUCAAAUCUCCUGGCACAUUGCAGAACAAGAUGCGCACACUGUGGGUAAAGCAGUGAUUAAAGACCGGAAGAAGGAUAGCUUUACAUGCAGAGGAUAUCUAGGAAUCUAUUGACCUGGUCAGCUAUUUCAGAAGUUGGAUAGUCCUGGAAAGAUGGGAUGGGGUGGGGUUGGUGGAGGGGGUUGCAAAAUGUCCUUUUGUAAAACUUGUUUUGUCUUGAUGUGUUUUGUAAGUAGAACUUUCCUUAUGCAUUCACCUGAUUAAGGUGACUCCACCCAAUAAUAUAAAACCUUUAUUUCUAACUAUUUUGAUGACAUUUAUAGUGUGCAAUUUAUUAAGCUAUUGAGGCUAGAAUGGUGAUUGCCAGAAGCUGAUGAAGGGCUGGUAGAUCACCUUCUUUACUUCACAUAAAUUUUUCAGAAUCAGACUUCUGGUUUAAUAUUACUGAUAGAUGUCAUGAAAUUUGUUGUUUUGUACAAGGCAUAAAAAAUUAUAAAUUGUAAUAAGAAAUAUAUAUAAAAUUAAAUAAGUGGUGCAAAAAGAGCAAAAAACAUAGUGAGGUAGUGUUCAUAGGUUGGUUCAUUGUCCGUUCCGAAACCUGAUUGUGGAGGGGAACGUUUUUGUUACUCAAAAUGCAAUUGGGGAUUUGCACGUUUGCCUAUAUUCUUUAGGUUGUUAUUUUAAUAGUUCUG